AUGGCCACCUCACGUCCAAUCCGCCUGAUAUUGGACUAUGAUAGCACCCUCACCGUGGACGAUACCAUGGCCAUCCUAGCGGAUCUACCCAAACAGCCGAAAAUGACGUGGCAAGAAAUCGUGGACGCGUACAUGAGAGACUACCAGAUUCACAAGGAAGCGCCCUUUCAGUGGAAAAACUACGACAGAGCGGAGUACAGUCGUUGGCUGGCGUCUCGUAAAAGCGUCGAGCAGAAGAGUGCUCAGAGAGUCCAAGAUGCCGGGUUCUUCAAAUGCGUCACCCAUGAGGACGUCGAUCGAGCCAUCAGGAAAUCACUUGACAAUGGAUCCUUAGAGCUUCGCAGUGGCUGGGUAGAUGUAUUCGACUGGGCUCUCUCGCUCCCUGAUCAUGGUCAGAACGAUAAUGCUUCGAGUAGGAGUAUCAGUAUUCUAUCCGUCAACUGGAGCGGAACUGCCAUACGUUCUGCCCUUCUCCAAAGUGCCGAGAGCUUGGAAAACUAUCCUCGGAGAGAGAAUAUCUGCCAAUACAUCAGCGACAUGGAAAUCCUCGCCAACGAAAUCGAAGGACUCUACGAGCCUGGCGGUAGCUCAGGUCGUGUAUGUGGAGUUGAGGGCCCUGAUAUUCGGACGAGCGACGACAAAUUGGCUCAACUUCGCCGUGGCUCCUGCGACGGGACGACGCCAUUUGUGAUCUACGUUGGGGACUCAUCCACGGAUUUCGACUGCCUUUGUGAGGCAGACCUAGGAGUUUGGCUUUGCAACGUCCCUCCUACGGAGUAUGGAAAGGUCUUCCGAGAAACGUUCAAACCGUUUGCCGGCUUCGUGCCACCUCCUUUGAGUAGUCUUCCUAGGCUGGGCGCUUGUGAGAAGUCGUUGUUCUACUGGGCCCCGAACUUUGAGACAUUGUUGAAACUACUUGCCCAGCAGCAGGCUAGCAAUUAG